UUCCGAAACUACCAGGCGUAGAUUAUGUUGCAAAAAACUGGGCACUAGCCAUGAUGUUAAAGGCUUUGCCAUUGGUUCAUUUCAGGAGCAUAUUGUUGUUGAAAGAGCAAAUGAUGACCUCUGCUAGAAAAACAUUAAAAACGCUGGUCUGAUCAGCGCAAAACCAAUCGAUUCCUAGAGAAAUUUGCCCAAAUAUAACCACAAAAUCCACUGUUUUUUACCGAUUGCUUUCCGGCCAAGUUUGCCCCAAAAAUUCCCACGAAAUCAGCUCAUUUUUCCGCGAUUUUGUCCCUAAAAAUCCCGCGAAAUUUGACUUUUUUUUCCACGACCUAUCAGAAGCCCUGUUAUGUUAAGUUCCUAGCAGAAAAGGACUUGUGAUUGGCAAUUAUUGCAGUUAAAGCAGGUCAAGCAUUCCUGUCGCUAACAAACUAAUCAAUUCAUUAAUGGAAAAAUGAUUCGGUUUCUCGAUUCAAUAAUCCAUUCAUAAAAUGAAUAAUCCAAUAGUCAAAUUGGGCCUCGAUUCAAUAAGUAAAUGUUGAUUUGGUUUAUGAACAAAAUCAACCUGUUCUUUUUUUUUUGUCUGUUGUGUUCAAUCAUAUUUGCUUCCCUUUUCCUACCAUUUACAAUUUCGUUUUUCAUUGCCUUUAAUUAAAAUAACAGCUAGAAUAGAGACAGACCGCAAAUGCAAUGAAACUGACAAAGGCCGAGGAUCGAAAUCCAUCAAUCACGCACAUACACUGACCUCAGUUUGUGCGUGGUCUUUUCUAAGAGGUCUGGUCAGUUGCACUGAUUACUAGCAGCAAAAUGGCGUACAUGUGUUAAACAGUUUGUUUGGGUUUGAACUUCAGAACUCGCCUGCACUCGACUCUUCGAGAAAAAGAGGAAAAAACGAAAUUCUGAGGUCGACUUGUGGAAAGUGUAGUUUUUCAAAAAACAGUAAUCGAAUCAACAUUCAAUUAAUAAAUCGAGGCUGAAUAUGAAUAUUGGAUUGUUCAUUUUAUGAAUGGAUUAUUGAAUCAACAAAUGAAAUCAUUUUCCCAUUAAAUGAAUUCAUUAGUUCGUUAGCGACAGGAAUGCUUGACCUGCUUUGACUUUAACAAAAAUAAUGAACUAGACAGCAAUGACACUGGCCCUGUAGAGCGAUUUUUGUAUGACCUUGAAAUGAAAACGCGCGAACAAAACAGAAACAACAAAUGAAAAUCACUCUUAUUUGAAGUUUUCAACUUAAACUUUAGUUAUUGUUUGAUUCUCAGAAGUGGAUACAAAUGAUGACAUUUCAGGACAAGCUGUUCAGCUCAAAAAGGUGUACAUAAAGCUCAUCACGUAAUUAUUACUGACUUACUAACACAGGAGUAAUGGUGGCACAGUUCGUAAGUGCGCGAGGUCCCGAGUUCGGUCCCUGGUGACAUCACAUCCUUGUUUCAACUUCCCUCCUUUCUGUAUAGCUUUGACUAGCUUUAAAUAACCUUAAAAUGGAGCAUUGAGGGAGAGAGGGGUGGUAAAAUGAGCGCACCAUUGACGUCUAGUUUAUCAGUUAUUGCUGUCACAUGCUAUCAACAUAAAUUAUGGUUGCUUUACCUUUUUUUACCUUAAAUUACACAUUGUUACAACCAUAAGGUGAUUUACCGGUAAAUUGUUUUUCAUCACUAACUUUUAACUGUUAAUUAUAACAUUCUUUCAGGCUCUUGAUGAAUCAGGAAGUCAACUUGAAAAAAUUCAUAGGAAUACUUUGGAGGUAGAAAAAGUUAUUUUCUAUAAAGUUUUAUAUGUCAUAAGCAACUCUCUUUGCUAAAUUUAAAUUUUUCUCGGUUAAUUUCUUCCUUUUUUGUCUUCAAAUUUUUCUUUAUGUGUACAAGUGACAGUUUUACAUUUAAUGAUUGAGAAGUUCAACCACAGUCAACUCCUCUUAUAGCGGACACUGAAAGGACCUCAAUUAGCGAGAGUCCUUAAUAGCAGGAGUUUAUUUCAGUCAAUCACCUGUAAUUUACUUUUGGCUUGGAAUAAGCUGCUGUCCAUAAUGUUGGGGGUCCAUUAUAGUGAGGAAUGUUACAAGAGUAAUGGGCGUAUUUUAUGUUUCUUAACCAUCUCAUGUCGAAAAGAGAUGCAUAUUACACAAUCACAAUUAAAUCAAGCUGCUCUAGAUCUCCUCUAAAAUGUUAUUUUUCUGCAUGCAGAUGUAUGUUCAAGAAGUAGAAGACCUGAAGGCUGAAUGUUCAAGAGGAGAUUUUCUUGCCAAGGUAUUUAAUAACUUGUUUGCAUUUUCCAGAGCUGUCAAUGUUUGAAACCCACUAAAAUCAUUAUUAAUUUGUGCUAGGGUUUGCUUUGAUGCAAUGAGGGCUAGCACUCUGAACAUCAGCUUCUGAACACUUUUAUGAUAGCUGGUUUAACUGUUCAAUCAUUAUUGUCAGUAAGACCACUUUUUUUCCCAUUCUCACAUAAAUGCUGCAGUGAAAUGUUUUGUAGAAUCCUUCAUUUUUAUUCGCUUAUACCUUGCAAUUCAAAGGCAUCUGAAAAUAACUUGUUGUUUCUCAGCUUUUGGUCAUAAGUAAACAUAGUAACUGUAACUAAAAUUCCCCAGAUUCCCUAUCAUUCCUUUUCCAACAAUUUUGGUUAAGUCAAGGAAGAAUAAGAGCAAUUUAAUGGCUGUUCUUGUGGGCUGUGCAUAGUGGAUCAUUAAACCAUGGCCCAUUUUGCAUCAUUCAGUGAUCUAGUACAUAUUUUGCUACUGACAAAAAUGAGUAUGGUAAUACAUGUACCAGCAAUAAACUUUAUACAUGGGGACACUCACAAAGCUUACUAAGGUUAUAACUGAUUUAGUGUCUACAUGUAUUUUUGAUAAUAAUCCUCAGGCAAGAACCCAAGAGGCAGAGACACUGAAAGCAGAGAAGUCUGAUCUUCAAAAAAGAUAUGAGGAUGGAAUGAAGGUACUUUUAGAUCUUAAAUGUAUAAAUCUUGGCAAGGCUAUUCAAACCAGGGUUACGUUAAGUGGGGGCCCUAGAGUGGAGGGGGGUUGGGGAUUUGUCUGCUCGGGGAUGCCUGGAAUCCUUAGCGUAUACCAGACAUAGUUCAGUUGAAUUUUGCCACCCUAUACUAGACUACUAGACUCUAAACAUCCCUGUCUUUCCUAUCCUUUGUUUAAAUCUUCAAUGGUCAAUUUAUUGAUCAGUUUCCUGGAAAAUGAUACACUAUUGUAGACCCAAACUCUCUGAUUUCUAUACUUAUCCCAGAUUAAGUUAAGUUAAGUGGGGACCCUAGGGGCGGGAGGGGGGAAUUUAGGGAUUUUGGGGUGGGGAUUUGUCUGCUCAGGGAUGCCUGGAAUCUUUAACGUAUACCAGACAUAGUUCAGUUGAAUUUUGCCACCCUAUACUAGACUACUACACUCUAAAAAUCCCUGUCUUUCCUAUCCUUUGUUUAAAUCUUCAAUGGUAAAUUGAUCAGUUUCCUGGAAAAUGAUACACUAUUGUAGACCCAAACUCUCUGAUUUCUAUACCUAUCCCAGAUCAAACUACUCAAAAACCAUACCCUUCAGAACAGCACAUACUACUUAUUUCCCAUAUAUAGCAGUUCUGCAACCUGCAACCCCUCUUCCCCCACCCCCACCCCAGAAGUUAAGCCAAGGUUAAUGGCAGAUUUGAAUUCAGAUCUGAACACUUACAACGCAUACUCAGGUGCAUUCCUUUUGCCCAGUAUUUGAUGUUUGGACACUCUGAAGUGACUAGUUAAAAUUCACGUAAGAAAAUGAACUUGGAUUAUGAUUUAACCCUAAGUCAGUGAUGAUAAUUUUUUAUUGCAAACUGAGCUUAGAGUUGUUAAAACUAACAGCCAUACUAAGGUGAGUUUAAAUUUCUUUUGACUCCACAUAUUUUUCUAGUUUUUUGUGUAAGGUAUAUAUACAUAUUUAUUUGAAGUAAGGCCUGUCAAACUUUUGCUUUGUACUUACCCUUGCGUUUGUUAUUAAAAUUUCUGUUUUUUUGUUACAGGUUCAAGUUAAUUACAUCUCACAGCUUCAAGCAAAGUUUAAUGACCUUCAGCGAUAUGCAGUUACAACUGAGGAGGUACGUGAAAUGGAAUUAAUAUAAAUCAAAAUUCUGUGGUGCAAAAGUUGAUGAACCAUAUUUAAUAUGGCUGGCACUUUGCUCCAUAUCGCUUUUCUCUAUGUACCGUUUUCAGCAAUAUAGAGCCUCUGUAUUGGUACCUGCGGACUUUGAUUUCAUGGUGCAUUUUUCCAUCAACUCGUUGGUUUUUCAGACAAAAUCAUUGCAUAUCAAGGAUUGUUUUGUGUGGUGAUGCUAUUAGCGAGGCGAGUGCAACCACAACAUCGAUGGGAAAAACUAAAUGAGAAAAUCAGGAAAAAACUCUGAGCAUGCAACACACUUUUUGGCAGGUUUCUUGUCUGGCAUUGCAUGACUAGCAUUGCCAAACUUGAUUGAAGUGGCAAUGCGAUUGUUGCAACUUCUAUUUCGUCAUUGACUGUUUAUCAUCUUCAUAUUCCAGAAAUACUUCUUCUCACUUGUUAUUGGUGUAAAACUCAACAUGGCUGUGUGUGGCUACAGGGUUGGACGCAUGAAUCACCUGAAGCCUGAGGUAGUAACCAAAAGUUAACCAAUGUGUAUGAUAACUUGAGAUCUAAAUGUUAUAAAUGGCUGAACCUCUAAUUUUGAUAUGCAGUGCACUAGUAGUGUGCCCAUAUCAUCAUCGAUUAUGAUGGAUGGUUGAUCGAGGAACCUUAAGCAAUUGACACGAAAAUUGAUCGUGGAAAUGCUUUAAUUGAUUUUCACAGACAAAUAGAAAAAAAAUUUGUUGACAAAUAAGAAUGUUAAAACUCUGGUGUUUUCUACUAAUUAAUAAGGAAAAUAUACUAAAAUCCAUUGAUGAUCCUUUUCUGAUAUAUUAUUUCAUAUCUCUGUGUCAUGUUCACAGCACCACGUCUGUUUAAAGGAGCUGUGUCACGAAAUUCAGCCAAAUUAGGAAGUUACAAAAUACCUGUUAGAGUUAAGAGACACUUAAAAAUAACCGUUUAAAACUUUACAGGAAGGUAAUAACAUAACAGAAACAACAGAUGCCACGGAUGAGCAAAACUGAAGAAGAUUGAAAUCGAUUGAAAUUAUAGGGUUUUUGAAAACUGUUCAGCCUAACAAUUUUUCAAAGUUGAUCCCUGCUGCUUGCAACUUCAAAAAUAAUGCUCAGGAGACAUAUUUGUUUGUCUUGGAUCUCUGAUUUUGUCAUUUACAUGUAAUUUCUUUGCUUACUUUAAGUUCCAUAGCAUUUGAGGGCAAGUAAUUGGCAAAAUUAAACAAAAUGAACUGGACUGAUUCCUUUGACGUUGUGUCUUUGAAACGCUGAAUAAUGAUUUUUUUUUGGCAGAAACUGUUUGAACGAGUUCGAAAUCAUGGGAUCUCAAUAGAACAUUGGCCAAGUUGGUUGUCAAGGGAACUAUCAACAGCAUCAGCGACAGCUGAACAUGAGGAAGAAGAAUGAUACCUUUUUUUUCUAAUUCUGUAGAAUAAAAUGAAGGGAUAGGUGGAGAAAGGUUCUUAAAGUGACUCCCGAUAAACCGUGAAAUUCUCCUCUAUGAAACAAAAGGAGAAUUUGACAUUAAUCAUAGUCAUGUAGGGUCAUAUUUUUCAUGCUCCGCUUCAAAUGAAGUGCCAUGUGUUGUUGUGGUCCUGGAUCUGCUAUGCUGCAUCUGUGUUCGUGGGACUAUUUCUACAGGUGCAUGCAGAAUUCGUAUUUAUGUACAAUAGGAAUGGACAAUUGGAAAGGUGAAGUGGUGGGGGACAAUUUUUUCCCAUUAUUCCUCUUUAGCUCUACUUGUGAGCAGAGGCCUUUUGAUCCUCGUAGAUAAGUCGGGAAGAACGAAGGGCCUCUGAUUGAAGGGUACUACCCAGAUAGGGUAAGCUUAAUCUGUUGAACAAAUUUAGCCUGUGUACAGACGUCCCC